GAAACGAAACUGAAAGUGUGCAGUGAGAGCCGAGAGCUGCAGCCUCUUGUUCAGAAGUGCUUCUCACAGCGACCGGGAUCGAGAUGCUGUUCUCUGCGCAUUGCUGCAUUACUAAGAUAAAACAAAUGCACUGAAACAGUGUGUUUGCAUUUUAAAUUCCAUUUCACUUUGAUAUCAAUUAAGAUCAGUUUUGUUUCACUCUUAAUGUAACUAUUAGUUACAUUUGGUCCCUAAAUGGGCAUAAAACUGAAAAGAACUUAAAAAUAAAGAUGAAGAGGAAAAGGCACAACAAGGGGAGAAAGAAAGGAGCAGACAAAGCAGGUGGGAACAAUGACAGUCUCAAGGAAAGUGGACGGAAGACGAAGACCAAAAGAUCAGAGACUGGUAGCAGUACGUCGAAUCCAGCCCAGAAGCAGCCUGAAGACACCUCAACCAGGCCAAGAGACCAGGCUGAACACCAGGAGUCUGAUCAGGGCUGUAACAGGGCCGUGCCUGAGACAGGCAAAGCAGAGGCUCAAACUCAAACAAUCAGACUAGAGGUCAGAGACGAAGUGACCCAAACUGAGCCUGUCAAUCAAAAUUCUCGUCACACACAAACAGAUUUAGCAUGGCAGCCGACACAGCUUGAGCCAGCAGAGGACACUAUGGAGUGGGAACCGACACAGCUGGACAGAGGGAAUGCAGAAAAUGAGAAGAAUGAAGGAAAAGGUACCAAAGGCUCCAUGAAAGAGUCUAGAUCUCCUGACGAGAAGAGAGGAGAGAGUGCACUCUCAGGGGAAAAUGUGCCCCAUCGUGAUGCAGAAAAGGAGAAGAAGAGUAAUAAGAACAAGACAGUAGGAAGGUCAGGAGAAGAUCCACAGAAUUCCUCUGACCAGUCCUCAGCAGAUAGUGGACCAAAGUCAUAUGCUGCUGCAGCAUCAGCCACUGAACACAUCAAAGACUCAAAGGAGCGGAGCGUUCAGACAGCAGUGGGACAGGAGGGCAGAACUCACAGCAAAGGAGAACAGAGAAAAACGUCCCCAGUGAGAGCACCGACUGUGCAGCCAGCGUUCACCUUUUAUGUGUACAUAGUGGUGGACAAGAAGUUCAGGUUUAAUAGAGACGAAGACAAACUUCUGCUCUGUCAUGCAGGUGGAUCUGCUGAAUUGGAAAUCACCCAUUUCAAGGGCUUGCGUGAGAAAGGCUAUCUGAUCGAGGCAAAGUUCUCAGUUGAUGAAAGUAUUUUGCAAAGGGGCAGCGUAAUGUCAUAUAGGUACGCAGUGAUGCAGCGACAGAAGGUAAUAGAGGAAAUUGCCACAAGAUCCCACCAGAUCCCUAUUUAUCACUCUAUCAAAGAAAUGCACCUUUUUGAAGCCCACAUGAGUCUCCGGGGAUCAUUCAAAGACUGGCUGAGGAGCUGGAUUAAGUCUGCAGAUAGAGUCAUAUCUGAGGCUUGGGAGAAUUCUGCACAUUUUCUACUGGACAGAUUGUUUGAGAAAUGGGACCCAUCAAGUCAGGAGAGCGUUCGGACAUUCACACAACUCUUAAACAGCUAUAUGAGUGGUUUUCAGGCUGCCAGAGAGCGAGUGUAUUACUAUGACAAUGUGCCUACUCCUUUUGUGAAGGUGUCGGAACUGAUAGCGAAGAAACUGGUGAAGUUACUGAAUGGAGAAGGAGGAGGAAGAACUUCAGAGGGCUCAGCUGAUGUCAGUCCUCUGACACUGGGCCUCUCAGUGUUCCAGGUGUGCUGUGCCUGUCAUAUUGAGCUCGGAAUUAAAGACUGGGGCAAAAUCUGUCAGCUGGUCUCCUCUGGUCCUGCUCUCGGACAAGUAGAAGAAAUUCAGAAUGCCUCUCCAGCAUUACAGCACACAGUGUUGGGUCUGAUGAACCGCUGUGCUCGGAGCCUGGUCUCAGAGCUGGUGCUGCUGGUUCCUCUCCUCCACACUCUGAGGCAGCCAGGGGCAGACUCAGGCCGGCUUGGACCGACUGUGGAAGAGACGGACUGGACCGGGCUGCACUAUGUGGAAUUUCGUUCAUUCAGAGAGAAGAUACGGAGACACCCUGACAAAAGGAGGAUGAUGCUCCAGAUGGUCCAAGAUCACAAAUCACUGGUCAAGGAGAAGCCUCGGAUUUUGACCAGCUGGCUGUCCAUGAUGGCAUUUGAAGAUAUUACGGAGUUUGCCAAACUGACAGACAUUGUGCCUGAAUAUCUGAUUCAGAGCCUGAUGUACAGACUGAAAGAGUUUGAACUGUGCAUUCAUAACACUGCUUCUAUCAGUUCACAGAACCUGCAGAUCACUGAAGAGAUCCUGAGAUGUGUUAUGAAGUGGAAUGAGCAGGACCUAAAAAGAAUCACAGCCUCUAAAAGAUUGGAUGCCGUACUUGAGUGUUGCAGAAGUGUUCAUAGGAGUGCUUGUAGAAUAGCUCGACAAGACAUCCAGAUGUUCAAGGCAGCAGUGUUAUCUUUCCAGUUGGUGCUGAAAUUGGCUGAAAUUCAGUAUGAAGUACUUUCAAAGAAUGGAGAGGAGAAAGAUCAGGAGAAAAAGCGUCUUUUCUCACAGCUUGAACAAAUGCAGAAAGAGUUCAGUCAGUGGAGGGAUGGACUGCUUCGCAAGCCUCUGCUCCACCAGUCCACGCUGUCUUACCCCAAUGAAAUAGAGCUCUGGGAUGCUUUCUUUGGACUGGAGUCUUCGAUAGAGCGCGUCACAGAGCAGUGGUUACACAGUUUGGAGACUGACCUAAGAAAGAGGAUCACUGAGCUCACUGAUGUGCGGAAGAUACAGGUCUGCUGUGUGGAAUCUUCAGCAAAGGCGAUAGCGAAAAGCCAUAGAGCUGUUCAGACUUGUUUUCAAGACGUGUGUCUGUCUGCAAUAAAAAGUAUAUGCCAGGCAGGGAAAGAAGGGGAUCUUCUGCAGACUCUGUUGUCAGACCCAAAGUCUCUUCACUCUUCCAUCUUGUCCUCCAUCGUAGUGGAAUCAGCGGCUCGUUUUGGAGAAGACACUGUGACCCAGCUACUGGAUGCUCAAUCUGCUGUCCACAUCCUCCUGUCUCAGGGUGACUGGAAUCAGUGGAAGAUAGAAGAGGAUGCCUGUCAUGUCAUGCAGAAGUGUCAAUCUAUCCUGGGUUCUCUGGUCAUUUCUCUUUGCCAGGGUAACAUUCCACUCAGCCACCUGCGGACUGUCCUGAAAAAUCAGAACAACUUUCAAAAGAUGUACAAAAACUGUAUGAAACAUGGCAAACUGGAUAACAUUCCCAUUGAUGCAGAGGAGCUGCUUGCACAAAGAGAGAAAGACCUCCUAGCCCUGAAGGAACAGAGGGAACAUAUGGAUGUCCUUAUAAAGAUGAUUGGGAAAAUCUCAGAGAUGAUCCAUGUACCUGAGAUUUCCUUGCUUGAGGAUAAACACAAGAUCGAUCUUCAGGCACUGAGCUUGAACGAGCUGCUAGCAGUACAGCCGUGCUUCUCCAAGGAAGAUCUGAGAGAAAUCUCAACAGGGCGAGUCCUGUACUACAAUGCUGAUCUGCUAGUGCUGGACACAGCAAGGCAGAUGCAUGAAUUUAGAGAGAGUAACCUUCUUCUCAGCUCCUGGGUGGACAGAGCAACUGCACUGGCAUCUAUGAACACUGGUUCUGGCCCUGUGUCACUGAAACUGACACAAGUCAUUUCUGAAAUCUGGCAGCCAUCUGUUUGUAACUUUAAUAAGUUAGGCAUUAGGAUUGCACAAGGCCUUGCUACUUUUGAAGAAGUUGACAAGGUUGUGGAUGGGUGCGGAGAUGAGGGUGACGGCACUAAGAUCAAAAAGGAGCUGCAUCUUAUGGCCACUGAGCUGGAGAGUUAUCAAGGCCUGGAGAAAAACUGGCCUCGACUGAGGUUCAUUCAGAUCCAGGAGUACAGACAGCUUCACCACGCAGCUGAGGCCGCCAGCGCAAUACUGAGGAUAAGAGACAGACUAGGCCUGCGAGGAGACUUCAGCCCCAUAUACAGCCUUACUGAGCUGAGAGAUGACUCAUUCAAACAGAAGACUCUAAAAUCUUUGAGUAAUGACCUCAUCAGUGCCAAGGAAAGGCUGUCGGACGUCAAACAUCAGCACACAGCCUGUCUGGAAGCGUUCUUGGAGAGUGAAAAGCUAAUCCGCUGGGUUAAGACCUGCAUUGAGAAUCUAAGUGAGCUGAAGUUCUUUAUGAACUUGGCUGGGGAGAGUGAUGCUGACAUUGACAGACUGGCCAGUUUUCGUGAUGCUGUCGCAGGCUACAGCCCUUUUUUGUACUCCCUACCUCUGGAGGCAGGCUUUAAAGAGUUCAUUGCCUGUGCUCAGCAAAUUUGGGACAAUCUUCAAAAAGAUGAGAAACUUACAGAAAAAUUGAAAGACUCUUGUCGCUGGCUGGACUGGCUGAAAAGUGUGAGGGAUACUCAUGGCUCUGUUGAGCAGUCCUCUCUUUCGUUGGCCUCAGCUAUCAAUACAAGCGGUGUUUACCAUGUAGAGUGGCCAGCAGACUCUUCUGAAAAGAAAUGUCUGGGCAGCGUCUUAUAUGUGAAAGUGCCAAACAAUGAAAAGGACAAGACAUACAGCCUGGAUGAAUUACUGGAGCUACAAAACAAGCUGAUGCUGAUGUCAUCCAAAGGAGAGUGUGGGAAGGAGCAAGUAGUCAACAAGUUCACUGAGAUUUUUGAGGGAGCACAACGAAUGGGACACAUUCUUUUACAGCUGUGGUCAUCUGGUAACAUAUUCUUCCGGGAUUUGGAGGCACUUGUAAAAUGCAACCCUGAAGAAGACCCUUGCAUCAGUAUCCACUGCCCAUUGCUUGGGAAGCAUGUUGUGUAUCAUGGACAUGUUGCUGAGCAGCUUCAAAAAGUAUGCCGCUCUAUGGAAGCCUGCCAUGAAGACUGGCGUAACUUCAUGUCUGAUAUGCGCUCGAGAUUCUAUGCGCUAAAUCAUUACACCUCAGAGCAGGUAGUCUACCUUUGCAACUGGAUCCACAAUAUCUGUGUGAAACGAAAGCCUGUGCCACAGCAAAUAUGGCACCUGCUCCACCCCCUUAAGCCAUCCUGCACCCUAAAUGAUAUCAGAGAAGCUUUUGAAAAGGCAACAGAGAGUAUUGACCUUCAUCUUCAAUGCCAGCUCAAACGUCCAACAUUGAAACUGGUAGAGGACAGUUCUGAAACAGUGUAUUCGAUGGAUAUUGGGGAAACCAGACCUUAUGAUGAGAAAGAGCUUCCAGAUAGACUUGAAGAGGACAAGACAUCUGAGCAAUGUUGUGGAACAAGCACGCUUCAACCAGACCUUGAAGAACUAGACGUAGAAGUAGAAGAAGAAGAAGAAGAGAUUUUGGAUAAAUGGAAUCAGGAUGAGGAAACCUUCAGUUAUGAACCUGAAUCAAGAGAAGAGAUGAAUGAACCUGAGGCACACUCUUCCACACCGGUCCAAUGGAGCAAAACGGAAAAGACUGCUAUGGAAAGUCUGGACAGUUUGUGGGGGCACUUUAGAAACGACAUGCUCCGAUACCUUACACAAUAUGUUGACAUUGAGACCCUCGCUCACUUCCUUUCCAGCCUGUCUGCCAUGAACCAGGUGCACAUCAAGCGCAAGUUACCAUCUAUUUUUCAAGAAGGAAGACCCAAUCUUGUCCACUGCCCAUCUACAGAAUUAAUAAGCACCACACUUUCAUUUUAUAUGGAGAGCCCAGAACAGACUUUUCCCUCGGUUGAUGAAGUGUUAAUGUGCAAAGAAGACACAACCGAAGAAGAAGUUGAGAUCUUUCUACGCCGAUGCCUGGGCAGAGGUGCUCCCAGUGGCCAUCAGAAGAUCUAUACAGUAGUCAACCCAGGUUUGCUGACCUAUGAUGUGAGUGUGGCUCUGGCAGAACUUUUUGAGGCAAUGGAGAAAAGUGCUCGGUCUCAGUAUCGCAUAGCUAUGGUCUGUCCGGUAAACCAAGACAGAUACGUCCCAUCAUUUUUCAGCAACUACAAGGUGCAAGGGGGGUUGAGCCUUUCUGCAGAAAGAGCCAAAGAAUACCUCAGAUGUCACUUAACUGUUCCAUUUCGUCAUAGUAGUCACUUCCAGGUCUAUCCAGAUGAUCUUUCUGCCUGGAUGAUUACAUCUAAACGGCCAGCUGUUGGGAAGUCGCUCUACAUCACACGGAUGUACGAGCAUUUUAAGAACAAGGUUGCAGCAGCCAGUUACCUGCCAAUUAGACUGAUCGAACCUUCUGUUGACACAGAUUGUUUUGUCCAGACUCUUUCAGAGAAGUUGAGGGAACUGAGGGAACAGGAUCCCGUUCUUCUGCACAUUGAUGCUGCAGCUGUUCGAUGUGGUUUAGAGGAGUUCCUCUUCAAAUUACUUGUUCUAGGAUGUUUGAGUGACAGUAAGGGAACACUUUGGAGAAGAAACACCGCUCACUUGAUUGCAGUUGAAGCACUGCUGCCGGAUCCCGCUCAUCAUAGACAAACUCUUAAAGAGUCAAAUCAAGGACUUCUGCACUUGCUACCGACCAUUCACUGUAGACCUCCAAAAGAAGUCGAAGAGUUGGAGCUCAGAAAUUCCAAUCAGAAACAUGCAUGCUUAGACCCACUAAUGGACAUUCAAGAAUUUCAGAGUGAAGGUAUUCAGAGACCUUACCAGUAUUUAAGGAGAUUCAACAGAAAUGAGAGCUUGGACAGUUUCACAUAUCAAGCUAAAUCUGUGGAAGGAAAUCCUGCCGACUGUCUUCACCAUCUUUUGUCAAACUGUGGACUUAAGGACCCAUCGUGGGCUGAACUGAAGCACUUUACUUGGUUUCUCAACCUGCAGCUGAAAGACUGUGAGAGUUCUGGGUUCUGUGAUCCAUACUUUUUUGCGGACCUUUUGCGUGGCUUCAAGACCUUCAUAGUUAAAUUCAUGAUUCACAUGGCUAGGGACUUUGCAUCUCCUUCCCUGGACAUCUCUGACCAGAGCCCUUCUCUCCACCAAGGGCAUGAGCCUGAGGAUGAUCUUUUAGCCAGAUUAACAGUUCGGAAGCGAUGGGAGAAUCAGUCUCACCCAUAUAUCUUCUUUAAUGCAGAUCACUUGACCAUGACUUUCCUUGGUUUUCAUGUGAAGCAAGUGGGGCAUCUUCUUAAUGCAGUCGAUCCACAAAAUGGCAGAGUUUUGAUGGGUAAUGUAAUGUCACCUGAGCUGUUCUUUGGACUUCAGCAACAAAGGAUUUCCUUCUCUGAAGACUUUGAUCAGCUUCCAAGAGCAAACAAGCUAAAAAAGAUUUCCUUGGUUGUUGGUGCUAAGGAACAGUUUGACCCUGAUCCCACAUAUGAGCUUACUGCAGACAAUGUCAUGAAAAUGCUGGCCAUUCACAUGAGAUUCAGGUGUGAGAUACCAGUCAUCAUAAUGGGGGAGACUGGCUGUGGGAAGACCAGACUGGUAAAGUUCCUCUGUGACAUGCAGAGGGAAGGUAAACAUGUUGAAAACAUGAAACUGGUCAAAGUCCAUGGAGGAACUACUGCUGAGACUAUAUACAAGAAGGUCAGGGAGGCAGAAAGACUUGCAGAGAGAAACAGUCGCGAAUACAAGCUAGACACAAUUUUGUUUUUCGAUGAGGCUAACACCACAGAAGCAAUCUUUGCCAUCAAGGAGGUGCUUUGUGACAAGUCUGUGCAAGGAUUUCCUUUGAAGAAAAAUUCCGGUCUGAAAAUAAUUGCUGCCUGCAAUCCCUACAGGAGGCAUACUCCUGAAAUGAUUGAACGCUUGGAGCGAGCUGGGUUGGGCUACAGAGUGAAGGCUGGAGAAACAGAGGAUCGACUUGGUAAAGUUCCCAUGCGGCAGCUUGUAUACCGUGUUCAUCCGUUACCCCCAAGCAUGAUACCCCUUGUGUGGGACUUUGGACAGUUGAGUGAUUCAACAGAGCUCUCCUACAUACGACAGAUCGUACAGAAACAAAUGGAAGAACACCGUUUGCCCCUUGAAUGCAAGACAGUGAUCACCAAUGUUUUGGCGGCUUCUCAAAGUUACAUGCGUCGUCGAAAGGAUGAGUGCAGCUUUGUAAGCCUUAGGGAUGUAGAGAGGUCAAUGACGGUGCUGGUAUGGUUCUACCAACACAGACAAUACCUUUUUCCAAGUGUCCAGCGCACUGACAUUGUGCAUAUGACUUUGAAAUGCUUGGCUCUUGCUUUGGGUGUUUGCUAUUAUCCAUCGCUCGAGUGCAGAGGGGCUUAUCUGUCUGCUAUUAGCAAGCAUUUUCCCCAACCACUGAACUCUGACAAGGCACUGGAGCAUGAGAUUUCCUCAUGCCAAGACUUCUUCCUUGAGAACAUACCAAUGAGAGAGACGAUAGCCAAAAAUUCUGCCUUGAAAGAAAACGUCUUUCUCAUGGUGGUCUGUAUUGAGUUAAGGAUUCCGCUCUUUCUGGUAGGCAAGCCAGGGAGCUCUAAAUCUCUUGCCAAGACUGUUGUCGCAGAUGCCAUGCAAAGGCAGGCAUCUCUCUGUGACUUGUUCAGGAGGCUGAAAGAGGUACACAUGGUCUCUUUCCAGUGUAGUCCUCACUCAAGUCCAGAUGGGAUCAUUGCAACUUUCAGGAACUGUGCCCGUUUUCAAAAGGACAAGAACAUGGAUGAGUAUGUAUCAGUAGUGGUGCUGGAUGAGAUAGGACUGGCAGAAGAUUCUCCCCAGAUGCCACUGAAAACCCUCCACCCACUUUUGGAGGAUGGAUGCAUUGACAAUGAGAGGCCAGAUCCACACAUGAAAGUGGGCUUUGUCGGAAUCUCGAACUGGGCUCUUGAUCCAGCGAAGAUGAACAGAGGGAUUUUUGUAUCUCGUUGGGACCCAAGUGAGAAGGAGUUGGUGGAGACAGCCAAUGGCAUCUGUUCAUCCUCUAAGUCUGUUCUUCUCAAAAUCAAGCAUCUCCUACCUAAGUUGGCAACAGGCUUUUUAAGCAUCUGUAAAAAUGACAGUGACCAGUUCUUUGGACUCAGAGAUUAUUACAGCCUGGUCAAAAUGAUUUUUGCCACAGUGAAAAAUACAGACAGUGAGCCUAGUGACAGUGACUUGGCAGAGGCUGUACUGCGCAAUUUCAGUGGGCAAAAAAAUGACUUUGACCCUCUUAGGCAUUUCCAAGACCUCUUCCUAAAUCUGCAUGAAGUUCCUAGGACAAGCACCUUGAAAAUGAUUGAACAAAACCUUGAGCACAGUAGUGAGAAUGAGUGCCGCUAUCUUCUCCUUCUCACAACAAACAAUGCUGCCCUGUACAUAGUUCAGCAGUAUAUUUUUUCAAAAGGUAACUACGCCUGUCCUGAAAUCGUGUUUGGUUCAGGAUUUCCCAAAGACCAGGAGUAUGCUCAAAUCUGUCGCAAUGUGAGUCGGGUGAAGUCAUGUAUGGAGACUGGUCGGACUGUCAUCCUCCUGAACCUCCUCAAUCUAUAUGAGAGUCUCUAUGAUGCCUUGAACCAGUACUAUGUUGAAUUUUGUGGGCAGCGGUAUGUUGACCUGGGACUAGGGUCACACAGAGUGAAGUGUCGGGUGCACAGAGACUUUAGACUGGUCGUUAUUGAAGACCAAGAGAAAGUCUACGACAAGUUUCCUGUUCCACUUAAAAACAGGCUGGAGAAGCAUAGAGUAGACAGGAGUACAGACUUGACACCAUGGCAGCACAGAGUUCUUGCAAAACUCAGAAAUUGGGUAUGUGCGUUUUCACAUGCUGGGUCUACAUCAUCAGAUUUCAGCCCAACAGAUGCCUUUGUUGGUUUUCAUGGAGAUGCCUGUGCCAGUGCCCUCCUGCAAGCCUUGGAAAAAAGAGAAAAACAAGACCUUCAGAAAGUGGGAAAUGAUCAUGUUUCCACUGAUACUUCCACAGUGAAGGAGGGCAAUGUUAUCACUGCACCCAUAGAGGAGGGCAGUAUAACAAUGAUCACAGAGAAUCAGGCACAAGGAGGAAAAGCUGUGGGCCAUCAGAUGACACCUAGUGAUGACAAGGAAAGUGCUAUUAUAGGUGUUGAGUCUGAUGUGGAUCAUACCGUUCUUGCUGAUGAUGAAGAGGGACUUGCCCUGAUGCGUGUAGAUGACAGUGAUGAGGCGAUAGAAGUUGAAAAGGAAGCAGAGGUCACUGAUGCGAUUCCCAAGUCUGAGGAAAUGGACAUAGACCCAGGUGAACCUGAGGCAGUAAAAUACAAUGAGCCAAAUGACACCAAGGAUGAAGAGGAAGAGGUCUAUGAAUCUGCCAAGUAUUUCUUAUUGAAAUGUGCCACUCCAGACUCUGUGCUGAGGCUAAAGUACUCAAAGUUGGGAAAUCAGGAAGCAGAGAAACAUCAGUUGCUGUAUUUCCAUCAGCAGCACCACCACUCCCUCAAAGACUUUAUGAACAGUCAUUUGAAGAAGAAUGACAAAGAGAAAAGCAGAUUUAUAGAGGUAACCACCUUCGCUGGUUUGCUCACUAAAGCAGAUGUGCGAAAUCUGACCCAAGCUUUGGGUUUGUCCAUGGAACAGUUGCUUUUGCUGUCUCUGCACCAGUUUGACACAGAGGCUUCUUUCUGCAGGAAGAUUCGAAACUUCCUGCAGCGUCCAAGUCUGUCCAUCCACAUCUUGCUGGUACAGACAGAUAUGGAGGAAUCGCUGUGCAAAAAUGAGCUCAUUGCUUCAGCAAAAUACUGCACCAUGAAUGAGCUUCUGUCUUUUCGGUCAGAAGACUACAACUGUUAUGUUGUGUUCAUCACAAAGCUCUCCAGGAUUGCAAGUGGCAAUAAGUAUAUUGGUUUCCAAGGAGGUGCCUGGCUUUCAGUGCAUAUUGAUGACCUCAGAGACACAGAUGACAUGAGCCUGGAUCUCUCUGUUUUCUGCGGAACACCUAUCAGCAAACUCCUCUCCCAGCCGAGACAGUCUGCAGAUGUAAAAGAUAUCAUAGAAGAUCAAGAGGGUGCCAUACCAGAAGGCCAAAGGGAAGAACCUGCAUACCUGCACAGUUUAUCCUUGGUGAAAUCCUGCUCUCAGAAAGCUGUUUCUUUACUGAGGGACCCUGUUAAUAAAGCCUCUAGGAGUAUGACGCGCAUGGGUAUCCUUCUUGACCUUCUAGGAAAUAACCCCGGGAACACUGCAGCCCGUUUCCAAAAAGUGCUGCUGAAGAGGCUGGUGGUUGCCUUGACCCAGAGGGAGGAGCUUAUUCAUAAUUCGGGAGACUGGGUGAAUAAGGAAGCAAUGAAGCGAGAGGCAUUGCAAGAAGGUGGAACUCUCAGGCACACUCUAUGGCGCUGCCUACAGGGUGUCCUGACCCCUGUUCUGGCCCGAGUGUUGGAGAUAUUGGACAGAGACUCUAACCUGGACCUGCUAUAUGAUGCAGGGCUCAGUGAGGGGCUCAUCCAAUUCUGGCUGGACAUCUUCAGUGAUGAACAGAUUUUAGACCUGUCACUGCCUCAGGGCUCAAGUGGCUCAGAACAAGAGAUUGAUGUUCAGUGCAGCCUGUUGGUGGGAGUAGACGAGCACGCCUGCACAGCUCCUUUCAGCUGGCUUAUUAGACUGUAUUGUCAUAAUCUAUGGGAGGAGUCUCAGUUUGUGCAAGGUACUGGACAGAGCAGCAAAGAGAGGAUCCAGCAGUUUGUGAGUGCGGUGACAGGCAGUAGUCUGGGCAGCUAUGUUGAAAAACUCUCCGAGAGAGAGCGGGUGGAGCUAGGCCACAAAUAUCUCACUGAUUUUGUGCUACUUUCCUUCAAAAUCAAGACUGAGGAAGAAAUGAAGGUGUUUGUUGCGGCGAUGUUGGGUUGCGUCUCUGCUCUGCAGCAGAGCAUGAGUGUGACCCCUGACUUUUCUCCGGCCUGGAUCAUGGCAGCUGCCCACCACUACAGCCCUCGUCUGGACGCUCUCUCGCAUGCCUUACAGCUUCAGCCACAUCUGGCUCCUCUUAUCCUGAAACAGCAAUUGCAGAAAGAUCUCCCUGACAUGUUUGAAGACAUUCUAGCUCUUGGGAUAUGCGUGGAGGAGACUAAGCUUCAGUCAAUGACAUCAAUUCCUGAGUGUAUGUCCUUCCUGAGCAGAGUUGAAUUGCUCCAGCCGUGUUUACAGAGAGUAAUGAGUCACAGCUAUUGCUCCCUCUGCAGCCCUGGCUGUCUCAAACAUCUCACUGCUAUAAAGUCAGUAUGGCAGGGGAUGCAGGUCAUGGCUGCCUUUAUCGAGCAGGUUGUAGUCAAAGUGAACUCGAAAGAUGAGAGGUUGGUGGCUCUGACUAUGAAACACUGCAGCCAACUGCAAAGGCUGAUGGAGGAAUGUCCCGACCUGCAGAGCAAAGCCGCUCUACAGCAGCUCAUCCGCAUCCUCAAUGAUUACCACGAGGAGUCCAUCAGCAGAGAGCUGCGCUUCGGUAUAAAGUGCCCAGUGUGUCUGCUGGACAUGUCUGAGCCUUGCGUCCUGCAGUGUGAGCAUGUGUUCUGUCUGUCCUGUGUGAAGAGUUCUCUGGCAGCAAAGGAAACAAAGUACUGCCCCAAAUGCAGGACAGACCUGCCUCCCAACUACCAGCCCACUGUCUCUUCAAGCAUAAAAUUUGCUCUAAAGGAGCACAGAAAUGUAAGGAGAUGCUGUAACUCCUUCUUCCUGGAGGUGGUCUCUCGUUUCUGUCUCUCUGAAGGACAGCGCCCUGAGGAAGACAUGGUGGAGCUGCUCUUCUCUCUGCUCAUCUCAGCACAGGGGGAUGUAUAUAAAACCAGAGAGCUCACUCCUUUCCUGGAAUGUGUUGAUCAGAGCCCUGUGGUUCGGUCUGUGCUGCCCAAACUUUUACUGCAAUAUAGUUUUGACCAGGUAAUGGGCCAUAUUCAGGCAUAUUUAGAGAACCUGGAGGACAAACUCCUGGACGAUGAGGACAGGACAGAACUUUACCGACUCUUCGCCAACUGUUUCCAGGAUUCUCUGCUCUGUCCGAGCCUGGGCAGAGCUCUGGAGUCCGGAGAGUUGCGGCAUCAGCAGGAGGACAUUAACUUUCUCAGUCGACUGGUCCGCAAGCAGACUCCGUCCAGAGAGCGCCAGCCGGCAGAGUUCCUGCUCUCCAUGGCGCGUCUCAGGAUCAGUCUGGACACCGCUGCCCGGAUACUGCCCAGAGCUGUCGGCCAAAAGAGCGGUGGAUGUGCCGUGUGGGAACAGAAGCUCUUAGAGCAGGUGAAAGCAGUAUGUGAGUACGGUGGGAACGACUGGUACAGGGUGUACUUGCUGAGAGUGCUGAACAGGCAGGCUGGCAUUGACUGUGUGCAGACCCUGAUGAACAGCGCCCCCUAUGAGUGGGUCUUCCCAGCUGAGCUCUUGCGACUUCAGAGGCUGAUUCCUGCUGAGGUGGAUCGGUUCCUGUGCUGUGGUCAGUUGUAUCAGCUCCUGAGAAAUGGAGUGGGUCAGGUUUUACUGGAGUCCAGCACAGAUGAGCUCAAAACCAACCUGCAGGACGUGGUCAGCUCCAGUUCUGCAAGGGCUCUCCUGGCUCUGGCCUUGUUUAGGCGGGUCACCUGCCGCCUGUUCUCACCUGACUCUGCCAUGCAUCCUGGAGCUCAGGAGCUGGAGAUCCUGAAAGACUUUAUCAGGAAAAACACGACAGGGCACCUCAGAGAACUCUGCACCAGCCUCUUAUCCAAUCAGGCUGAAGGUCUUGUGUCUCAGCUGUACAUCAGUGCAGGUGAAUCUGCUGAGAGGCGCCAUCUAAUGGAGCUUGUGGUUCAUGCCAAUGCUGUGUUCCACAGUGGAAGCAGUUUACUGCACCCACUCCAUCUCAUCGCCUCUAGACCACAGACUAUGACAGAGGCCUUUCUGCCCACCAUGCCAGAUGACAACACCAGCACUGUCCGCCAGUGGCUGACCGAAAAAAACCUGAAGAUGUACUUAUGUAGCAAUGGUCAUCCAUGUUUGGUUGGAGAGUGUGGGAAACCAACGGCUUUGGCAAAGUGUGACACAUGUGGAGUUCAGAUAGGUGGUCAGCACCACAACCCAGUCCCCGGAUUCACUCUGGUUCACAAUGUGUCUGAUCAGACCCGAAGAGGCCAUGUUCUGGGGGAGGCUGCCCGCAGAUCUGAAGCCCCAAACAGAGAUCUGACCAUGGCCCAGUCCAGUGUGCUGCGCCUCUGCCUGCAUUUGGCCAUGCUGCAGGGAUCUGCUUUCAAUCUUCAGGGCAUUAGUGCAAUGAUCCAGCCCACUGUAUACAACGUCUCAGAGUUUCUGUGGCAUCACCUUGAGAAGGACAUGGAGUCUCUUGGGAAGACAUUGAAUCUGAACUGGGAAGACACAGCCAUCGCUGUUCAUCUGAUCCUCAAUGCGUUUGCUCAUCUCUCCACAGCUGGUGCCCACCAGGGGGCAGCACAAUUGUCUUCUCGGCAGGCCCGAGAGCAGUGGGAGAAGGAAAUCUGCAAGAUGGCCAUCAAUCCUAUCCUAAUGGAUCUGGACAGGCAGCUCAGUGAUGCUCAGGAACGCAUUGCGGCUGAUGACAAGCUGUCUGACAGCACUCUGAUUAAAGUGCUGAAGGGAGACCCUUGUAGCCUCCUGUCACUCCCCUCUGACUGUCCCAGCCACCACUCUGCUUUCUGGACACCCCCAGACCCGCUGACUGUGGAACGCCUCUCCCAGCUCAUAUCCCAAAAGCAGGCUGUUAGCCCAGUUCCCCUGCUCUCUCUCUUCGUCAACAGAGUGCAGUGUGUAAGACAGCUGGUUUGUCUCCCUGACCUGGCAGCGCUGCUGUCUGAUCUAAUGAGAGUUGUGCCUGCUCACUCUGAGAUGGUCAACCACACCAUUGCAACACAACUGCACAGCUUGCCUGCAGGCCAUCAGAGGAAUACGCUGACACAAAGGGUGAAGACCUUCUGCCACGUGUGGAACCAGCUAAGAAUGGAGCUGUUUGACAAGGGUGUGGAUUCUGAGCUGUGCGGGAAAGACGUUACCAUGGAAAGUUCUGGCCAAUAUCUCUCUUUAAAUCGGCGUGGUCCAGGCUCCUGUCUCUACGCUCUCAUUGACCUACUGUCAGAAACUCACAACAGCCUCGUGCGAGAAGCUCGAAAACUCAGCCAUCAGGAAGACAGUGACUAUAGUGUGCCUUUGGGGGCGCUGUCUGAAAGUCAACUGGCCCUGUGUCACCCAGAGAAAGAACUCCUCCCCCUGGUGUUAGCUCACUGUAACUACACACUCGUGAAGGGCCAGCAAACUGCCACUGACUAUGAUCUUCAGGCAGUUGAGAGGCAACUCAACAGACGUUUCCUUGCUGGCAAGCCUCGCAUCCAGACGGACACUGAAAAGUAUCUGAAGAGGCACCAUCAAGACUUUUCAGAGGUCCUAAAAGAUGUUAGGACAAAGAUUUCACAGGAGCCACUGAAGGGUUCAAUGUGCAGCUCGAUAAGGGCAGUGCUGCGCUCCUUCACCGAUGUCUGUAAUGCUGUGUAUGCUCUGGAGAUUGGUCUGCGUUUUCUGGGUAAAACUGGAGGACGUCCAGAUUCGUCACUACUGUCCUACCUUCAGAAGUCUCUCAGAAUGGAGCAGGACAUCUCCAGCAAUGUAGCCAAGGCCUUGGCAGAGAACAGACUGGAUCAGAGUACAGCCACCUGGCAGCUGCUCACCUGCUGGAGGAGUGAGCUGAAGCAGAGGAAAGGACAGGACCCGUUCCCAAGACUUUCUAAAGAGUUCAAAGAGAAGCUGACAGUGGAUGAGAGGAGAGAGCUGAAAGAGUUCUUGGAAGUCACUGAUGUUGAUCUUUUCACUCUGGAGCUUCAUGAAAUUCUGCUCCUAAAGACCGACAGCACAUCGCAGAGUGGCUACUCUUCUAACUGGGACAUCCAAAACACUAUGGAAAGCCAUUUGGACGAAAAAGGUGCCCCCGUCUUGCCCGGACUAGACUGUCUUUCUUCUGAGAUCACCCUGAGCAAAGCUGCCGAGGUCUGGAGGCUCGCAGUGGAGUUCAAGACAUGACUGGGUUUGCUCAAGUAUUAAAGAAUACAUGCUAAGAACAAAUAUAGUUGUGUUGUUGUCCGGUACACCUGCUUCACUUCAUCAGUUUAAACGUUUCAAGCCCUGAAUGUGAAUUCUUUCCACAAUGGUACUUGACAUAUGCAGCAUUCACUGUUUCCUAGCAUCUCAUUUUAAAACGUUGACAUUUGUGUGAGUUUACCAUGCCAUGAAGUUUGCCAUGGAAACUGCUAAUGUAAUAAUGUGCACUUUAUUGUACUUAAAGUCUUUUCUUAUUGUCUUUAUUGUUCUUAAAUCUAUGUAGUUUUCCGCAUUCCAUUUACUUUCUUUCUGAUUUUGUAAAAUUGUGGUAAAAUAUUACUACAGUGGUGGCCUUUGGUUCAGGUUAAUGCUGCACUUUAUCUUCUUAAUUCUGCAAUAAAUCUGUAUUACUGUAAUUUGUGCACAUGUCCUAUUCAUGUAUAUGCUACAUAUGUAAGUAUCAUACAAAAUUGAUACUUCCUGUGUUAAUAGUGUGGUGUUCUAUCAUUAUUGACAU